CGCACCUCUCGUCUGAUAGGAGGACAGUCAACGCUACCUCCCUCCCUCCCUUCUCUCCCUCUCCUCGCCCGUCGUGUUUACUAUGGCCGUAUAAAUUCCUGAGUGUGCGCACAUCGCCUCCUCAGAGAGCAAUGGAAAAGGAGGAGGAGGUGUUAGGAGCAGGAAAACAAGCGAAUCGGGGGAGCGUAGCUAUAGCUGUGUUUACUGUUCACUGGAACUAAAAGCAGGAGGCUUCUCCUCCGAUCUCGGUUGCUGCUGCUCCCUGGAUGCAGACAAGAAGAAGCGGGAGGAGGAGGAGGAGGGAGCGUGGAUGCUGAUCGCGGCGACAAACCUAGAGAGGACAAAUUGUCAAGUGGCUGUCAAUAGAAUAAAUCCUAAAACUGGAAUAACAGCGAUGGACUCCAGCCAUCGGCACUGAGGUAGGAACGGGCACAUUGGCAGCGUCCAUUUGGGAUGGAGAGCAGGCUCCCAGUUCUCCAGUCAGUCCCUAAUGGCGCUCGUUCAUGAACCUCGUGCCCCUUCACCCUCUCUGUCCGGCUUCAGCACGCCCCUCUCUGACCCUCCAUCCUUUCGCCGCCUCGAUGCCGAAACCCCCUGCACCCCAGAAAUGGACCUCACCCCAACCCAGUGCGUCCUCCGCAACGUCCUCUCCAUAGACACUGGAGGUGCCGUUGAGCCCGGGGGUGGAGGGGGUGAGGGGCAGACCGCUGGACACAACCAGACACCCGGUGAGGAACAACAAGAGCACUUUGCCAACAGUGUCCUGAAGCUCCAUGAGCAUGAUGGGAGUCCUGGAAGGACAGAGGGCGAAGGGCAGGACACGGACAGAUCUCUGGUCAGGAGCCAUGCUGAUGACGCCAGGCUCCAAUGCCAGUCUACAGGAGGGGGAGGAGGGUUUCUGGAGGGGUUGUUUGGGUGUCUGCGCCCUGUCUGGACUAUGAUUGGCAAAGCCUACUCCACAGAGCACAAACACGACCUGGAUGAAGCAUGGGAAAUCCCCUUUGAGGAGAUAUCGGACCUGCAGUGGGUGGGCAGCGGAGCCCAGGGCGCCGUCUUCCUUGGCAAACUGCACGGACAGGAGGUGGCCGUGAAGAAAGUGCGGAACAUCAAGGAAACGGACAUCAAGCACCUGCGGAAGCUCAAACAUCCCAACAUUAUCACAUUCAGAGGCAUCUGUACCCAGGCUCCAUGUUACUGCAUCAUCAUGGAGUACUGCGCUCAGGGACAGCUGUACGAGGUACUGAGGGCUGGCAGGAAGAUCACUCCAUCCCUGCUCAUGGACUGGGCCAUGGGCAUCGCUGGGGGAAUGAACUAUCUUCACCUUCACAAGAUCAUCCACCGAGACCUCAAGUCUCCCAACAUGCUGAUCACCUACGACGACGCGGUGAAGAUCUCUGACUUCGGCACGUCCAAGGAGCUCAGUGACAAGAGCACCAAGAUGUCUUUUGCAGGGACAGUGGCCUGGAUGGCUCCCGAGGUCAUUCGCAACGAACCUGUCUCAGAGAAGGUGGAUAUUUGGUCGUUCGGCGUCGUGCUGUGGGAGAUGUUGACGGGGGAGGUACCCUACAAGGACGUGGACUCCUCCGCCAUCAUCUGGGGAGUCGGCAACAACAGCCUGCAGCUGCCUGUACCUGAAGGCUGUCCAGACAGCUUCAAACUGCUCCUGAGGCAAUGCUGGAACUGCAAGCCCAGAAACAGACCCUCUUUUCGACAGAUUCUCCUGCAUCUGGACAUCGCCUCAGCAGAUAUAUUGUCCACCCCCCAAGAAACUUACUUUCAGUCUCAGGCGGAGUGGAGGGACGAGGUGAGGCACCACUUUGAGAAGAUCAAGUCUGAGGGGACAUGCAUCCACAGGCUGGACGAGGAGCUCAUCAAGCGGCGCAGAGAAGAACUCAGACACGCGCUGGACAUCCGAGAGCACUAUGAGAGGAAACUGGAGAGAGCCAAUAAUCUCUACAUGGAGCUCAACGCCAUCAUGCUACAGCUGGAGAUCAAAGAGAAAGAGCUGCUCAAGAGGGAGCAGUCGCUGGAUAAGAAGUACCCGGGCUGCUUCAAGCACCACAGUUCCAGACAGUCGGCCUCCUCCAACUCCAUGGAGAAACUCAUGAAGAAACGCAACGUGCCUCAGAAGCUGCCCUCGCACAGCAAGAGGCCAGACUUACUGAAGUCAGAGGUCAUCCUCCCCAAACUGGACUCGUCCAUGACCCAGGUCACAAUCCCCAACAAGGGCUCUACCUCCCCCGGUCGCUCCCGCCGAGGAAAACCCCGCUACAGGAAGGCCGGCAAAGGCAGCAGCGGCGACUUGGCUCAGCUGAAAGCCACUCUGUCUUCGUCGUUAGCCAUGAUCAACGCCACCUCGUCCGUUCCCAGCAGCAAGCACCAUCUAGACCCCAGCGCGGCCCUCAGGGGCCUGCAGCACGACCUGCUGCUCAAGAAGAUGUCCUCCUCCAGCCCAGAUCUCAUUUCCACCACACUGGAGGCUGAAGGCCGGAGGAAGGGGCAGGCGAGGCCGGGGCUGGACAGGGCGGGAAGCCAGAGCGCCUCGGCCGGGCUGGGAGAGAGCAGGGCCGAAGGGCUAGAGGAGGGGCCCGACGCGGGCGGCGGCGCCGAUGACCUUGCAGAGACGCCCCCGCGCAGCGACACGCCCAGUGAGGACGCGGCGUCUAUCCCGUUCUCCAGCAGCCCAGACUCGCCGUGCGGCAGAGGAGCAGCUGCGGGCAGGGCGUCUGUGCUCGGGAGCCCGCGCGCCCCCCACGAGGGCGAGGAGAAGGAGGACGGGACGGUGAUCACGCGCUCCCCCAGAAGUCAGCGUCUCACACCUGCAGCGCUGCUCUACAGAGCAGCAGUGACGCGCAGUCAGAGACGUGGAGUGUCCUCGGAAGAGGAGGAAGGAGAAGUGGACAGUGAAGUGGAGCUGCCGAGGAGGCGGCGGCCUGUGAGCAUCACCAAAUGUCAGUCCCUGUCGACCUUCAGCUCAGAGAACUUGUCGGUGUCGGACGGUGAGGAGGGAAACACGACCGACCACUCCCACAGCGGCACACCCGACGUGGUCAGCACCAACACCGACGAGCGACUGGACGACAAGAGCGACGACCUGCUGUCUCAGGGUUCAGAGAUUCCCGCCGACCCGUCCGACCCAACCCAGCUGGGCUCCGACGGGUUGUCUGAAAAGGAAGCCAUCCUACGACAAGUCAAAACGCAGCUUGCUUCAAAUGAUCAUAAUUACGAGGGUCUGUACGAUGACUCGGACUGUGACAGUGCAGAGCUGGACCAUUCCUGCAGCGCGGAGCCCAGCCAGCCUCCAGCCAACUGGUGAAAGCCUCACACCUCAGCCCACUCCAACACCUGCAGAUCUGGCCUCUGAAUACCUCUAACCAUCAGGGAUCAUUUAGAGAUGCACAAAGUGAAGACCUGCAUUCUCAAAAACCUGGUGUCCUGGAAAAAUGUAGUCUUGAGAUUAAUGCAUUGCAGGGACGUGGAACUGAAUCGGGGCACGAUCCCAGCUGACAGAGCAACAACCCUCCGUGUUCUCUCCAUAGCAACGGGCCCAAGAUCAGCUGCAACUGCAAAAACACACCUCAGCAACAGAGGCCUCGGUCAAAGAGGCCGCCAACUGUCCUUUAAUAUCAAUUUUCUAUUUUCAUCUUCCGCCAUGAAAGCGUGUUAUAUUAUUUCACAUCGUGUCAUAUGAAAUUAUUUCAGGGCUUCUGUAACGUUUUAAUCGCCAGCGUCGCCGGCACAGCCGCCGACGUUGCUUGUUGCACUUAAUUUAGAAAAACUAGAUAUUUCCCUCCUCGUGUCUUAUCACAUUUCCUUUAAACACAUUAUGCACUAAUUUAUUUAUUAUUACUGUCGGUGAGUUCAUUCAGAAAUCGAUGUUUACGUGUCACUUCUGUCAUUUACAUUCAUCUUUUAAUUUGUGUCAGUGUCAUGGAUCGCUCCGUUGUCCAUUUUUUAUCAUCAGUGUAAAUAUGUGACGUUGUAAAAUGAACAAAUUUUUUAAAACGUGAGAUUGUAUAAUUUAAGGUGCUGAUGUUUCUAAUUAGGUGGCACUGUUAUAUUUGAACCUCAAAAAGCUUAUGGUAGUAGAAUGUACUGUAGCUGCUGUCCAUGUCUGAGAUUCAAAACACAGCUGGAGAGAGGAACAACAUGUGAACAAAGGAAAAAAAAAAAGCAAUAUGUCUGCUCUGGUGCGCCUGCUGGAUUUAUUAAGAGGAGACGGGCUUUUUUUGAAACUAAGUAUUGCAGUGUUUACUGUAUUAAAAUGUUUUUAAAAGUCCCUUCGUGGAACAUUAGAGGGUUGUGUAUAUAUAGCAUCAGAUCGGCAUGCUUGUCAGAACGUGUGGUUAACCUAUUGGAUGUAAUCAAAGAGCGAUCACAGAGGAACAAAAUGCAACAAAAGAAAGACCUCAGAUUUCGAGCAGACACUUAAACACUCCAGGUGAAUGACUGAAGGCAAAUGCAUGACAGGGACACAAAACACCAAAAUAAGUCGGAGUAACCGAAUCAUUAUUUCACUCGCUCAGUUCAGUCAUUGAAUGCCGUGGCCACAUUGCUUACAGUGGGGUCAUUGUUGCAAACUAAAAGAUAUUUGUCCCGUUUUUGGAUCCUUCACAUUUUCCAAUUUGCCGUUUCUCUGCCAAAAAUGAGGCGAGUUACCAUGACUUGCCUCAUUUACAGGCUACGCUCAACAUAAGCUUAAGAUGGAGACGUUUUCCAAGCUCACACAUUAGUUUGGAGUCCACCUUGACCACCUCGCGGUCAUUUUUUUACUCACAUUCAAGAGCUCCAUGUGAACAAACUGGUGUUUAUGUGUUUGUGUCCCUUGACAAGCCUUCUGAAAGUGGGCGUGCUUCAAUCUGACUGUACAACAGCACACUACAUCCUGUUUCCAUUAAUCCACAACCGAUCAGGUUACACUCAAUAAGCUAGAAAAAAAGGCAGCUGUUCUUAUUUUAAAAUCAGAUGUUAUGUUUUAAAGUUUACAUUUGUAGAGCAUUUUAAACUGAUUGUGCGCCUCUCAUCCCCUCUAAGGUUUAAAGCUAGAAAUCCUCCUGCAGGAUAAAAUGUUGCCAAAAAGGAAAACUACUGCCCUCUAGUGUCUCAAUCGUGGAGGUGCUUGUGUUCAACAUGUUGAUUUCAAACCAACCCCUAUGAACUAAAAUGGUUUUGUUUGUUUGUUUGUUUUUUUUUAAAAAAUGCUGCAUUAUUGUAACUGUACAAUAAGUAUAUUUAAGAAAUUUAAAAUAAAACCAAACAUGUAAAAUCAAA